ACUGGUAGAGCUGAAACAGGUGCUGAGUUUGGAGACUGCUUGAACCUCUUUUCUGGUUGAUGGCUGGUGUGUGGAACCCACUUCUCCUCAGAAGAUUCAACUAAAUGACUGUUGGAGCUGCUAUCAUGGGCCCUCAACUGCUCAGUUGUAUGAUAAAUAAUGUAAGUGAACACCAGACAAAAUCUGGAAAUCCGAGGCCUGAAGUACACAAUCAGUAGCUUCGAGAAAAGCAUCUGCUUAAUCGAGGAAAAACUCUUCAAACAGGGAAAUGAGUUGAACAAAGAGAAAAAGUGCUCCUCCACGCAGACUGAGAACGAGCAGGAAGCUGACAAAGACCCAAAGCCCACAGCAAAGAGAACUGGAUCAGACAUGUCACCACCCAGGAAAGCUCAAAAGCCUCGACUUGAUGCUGCUUCAGCUGAUCCUGUAAACACAACACACACAACACAAUCUCUCAUCUACAGUGCAUUAGAAACACUACAAAAGUCCUGUUCUGAUGUUUUACCUACAGACAGGAUUCAUGCACUUCUGACAGGAACAAGUGAACUUCCUGUUUUGAGAGAUGAAGAGAAACACGUCAUUUCUGAGUUUUGUGUUAACGAGUCCUUAGCAGAGACGUUUCUGUCUGUGAUUUUGGAGAAGAUCAAGGUGGAGAGAGGGUUUAUGGGACAUGAUCUCCUGCAGUCUCUCUGUAGGGUUUAUGUAGGCGUGUGUCAACAGAGAGGAGACUCUCACAAAGCACAUGCUCUCGUCUACAGACUCCUUAAAGAAGACUUUCUUGAAGCCCCCAAAGUGAUUAUGGUCAUGGUGACAGCAUGGCCAAGUUUUUUGUCCUAUGAAAGUUCUUUAUGCCGAGCAAUUCACGUAGUGAGCAACCUGAAAGCAAAGGGAAAGAUAUUUCACUUGCUCACCAAGUAUCUGCACUGGGAUGAGGAGCCUCCAGGAAACAUCCACAAUGCUAUCACCAGCACCCUGAAGUCUUUUCUGAAAGACAGCAGUCUGAGGUUCCUGGAGAACAGCUGGUAUGGUUAUGAUCUCUGCCCUGCUACCUGGAACUACAUCUUCAGCCUGGAUCUUCUGUGUGCACAACUGGGCUGGACUUGGACCAUUACCAAUAUUAUACGGAAGGAUCUUUGGCUGAUCCUGAACACUUGGCUGAGGCAAGCAAGAACAGAGCAAACACCGUUCCGAGACGUCUGUGUAGCAGCAGUUUUCAGGCUACUUGGGCGACUUGGUCAACUAGGACUUAAGGAGAACCUGCUAAUGUCAUUUGAAAAUCUGGCAAAAAGCAUUAAUCAGUUUGGAAUGCAAAACUUCUCAAAAGGUAUGCCAUGGGAAGUGCAGCUCUCAGUCAUCUAUGCCAUUCAUGAUCUGGCACCCAGCAACCCUGAAGCAGCUCUGAAGACUUUGGAAUCAUGGAGGAAAAACAGCACACAGCCCGUUCCCCCAGCCGUCAUCAAAUGCAUUACGCAAAUCAGCUUCCUUUGUCAUCAGACCAAGUCACAAAACUCUAAGAAACUACUGUAGUGAUUAUUAUAGUAAGCACUGCAUCCCCCAGGUCUGUAUCCUCAGUCACCAGCUGUUCACACUGUGAAUCAUGACUGUGCUGCAAUGCACAGCUCCAAUCAUCAAGUUUAGCAGUCACAUGACCAUCAUGAGUCUCAUCACCAAAAACGACCAGACGCUUUCAGACAGGAAAUGCAGUGGAUAAUGGACUGGUGCUUACUCAACAAUCUUUGUGUUCAGCUGUGGAGAACCUCAUCUGGUCCAGCAUUGUGGAUGACCACAUACACCCUUUAUACAUUAUUGAUUAUAUCAGUGGCGGGACGUGCAUUUGGUACCUGGGCCUUCAGUGGGGACUUACUCAACUUAAUCCACCUCUUAA